AGGGCGGUCAAUCACAUGUCUUGAGUCACCUACUACCAUACUUCUUAUCGGUUACUAGUACAUUCUCAUUUCUAUCUUCAUCCUUUUUCACAUUUUAUGGUGUUUGAAGCAUCUAACCCCAGCUGAACCGCCAUGGCUUCCGCUCAGAGCAGGAUCGCCGAGCUGGCGACCACAGUGGCGCAACACACUCGGCGAAUUGACAGCUACCUUGCCGAGAAAGACUUACCAUAUCCAUCGUUUGAUGCUGGUGGCCCUGUUGAUCUGGGACUACCACCGGAAAUCGAAGAAUCUCGCACCAUAGUCCUUGAAGCAAGCCAAGAGCUGAACGACCUACUCCAAGGACCACGCGAUUUACUUUUCAAUCAUCAGCAUAACCUGCUGGCUUAUCUUAAACUGAUUUCACGCUUUGAUCUUGCCAGCAAAGUACCCAUAACUGGAGAAAUCACAUUCGUCGAUUUGGCAGCCACUGUUGGCGUUGAUCGUGCUGCGCUUACUUCUAUUCUGCGACUUGGCAUUGCGCACCGCAUCUUUAGGGAGCCCCGCCCAGGUUUUAUUGCGCAUUCUGCAGCUUCUAGACUUAUUGCAGAAGACACGCGUGUCGCGAGUUGGGUCGGAGCAAAUGUAGACGAUAUGUGGCCCGCAGCUGAGAAAGUUGUAGAUGCUCUUGUGAAGUGGCCACUAGCUGAAGAGCCUAACCAAACUGGGUUUGCACUUGCGAAUGGGACAGAUCAGUCUUUUUACGCUGAGCUGGAAAAGAAUCCCGAUCGAGCGCGCCGAUUCGGUGGAGCGAUGAGUUUUUUCACCACAGGUGAUGAAUAUUCCCUCCGUCAUCUAACCGAUGGAUAUGACUGGGGUUCGAUCGGUUCGGGGGGAACUGUUGUCGACCUAGGUGGAUCCCAUGGCGAUGCAGCGUUUGCUCUGGCUCGUAAAUACCCCGGUCUCCAUUUAAUCGUGCAAGAACUCCCUCAGGUUGUCGCGAAUUCCAAGGAAGAGUUUGGCCUGGAUGUCAAGUUCAUGGUUCAUGACUUCUUCGAGGAACAGCCUGUGCACGGUGCUGAUGCUUAUCUCUUUCGCUGGACGUUGCAUAACUGGCCCGACAAGUAUUGUAUCAAGGCACUCAGGGCAUUAAUACCAGCUUUAAAGGCGGGUGCGCGUGUCCUGAUUGCAGACUUUGUUAUGCCGCCUCCUGGCGUGCUCCCUAACUUACUGGAUAGAAAGUUGAGAGCUAUGGACUUGACAAUGUUGGAAAUCGGCAAUAGCAAAGAACGGGCUCUUGAUGAGUGGAUUAGCCUGUUCGCACAGGCCGACUCAAGAUUCAUAUUCAAAGGCAUGAGACAACCACCGGGAUCCAGACUCGCAAUCCUCGAGGUUACGUGGGAACUAGAGAACAAGUAGCAAUAGGACUUUCUUGGAGUACGAAGGAGAAUGAACUCAUAUCGAAGUCAGCGAGAAAUACCAUGUUCUAUUUAUUACGGCAAACCAACGAAGAAUGAGACAUUUGUAUCCGUAUAAGUCUAUCCUUUAGUUGUAUUUCCCCAGGUUCCAUUCAUAAAAUACACACUGAAAAUCACUUCUACAGUCCUCCCGUUCGACGGAGAUUAAGCUAUCCGACGCCACUGGUAGCUGAACGCAUCAUCCGAAUCAUCUUCCUUCGGUGGUGCUGGAUCUUGCGAGGAGGUCGUGUUGGUGUUGUUAACUACUGCUGCUGCUGCUGAAAUGAUGUCAGGACCUGUUAAUUAAUACUCUCGGUAUAACCGAUCUGGCCUGUGACGGAGGAAAGAAACAUAGUCUUUGCUUACAGGAUUCUGGAGCGGGUAGAGCUCUUGCGUAUAGGACACAAAGCCCUAGAGCAGAGAGGGAGAGGCUGAGGAAACGCAUAUCGAUAGAUAUUUGAAGAUAGAUCGAGAAGUUCU